AUGUCAUUCCGGACCCUGAUGGCUCUAGCAGCUGAAUACGACCUUGAGCUUGAUCAGAUGGACGCGAUCAACGCAUUCGUAAAUUGUCCUCUUGAGGAAGAAGAAGUCGUCUUUAUGAAGAUGCCCCCUGGCUUUGAGAGGAGGGGUAAAGUUCUACGGCUACGAAAGGCCCUCUACGGACUUCGCCGUUCUCCCCUUCUUUGGCAGCAGCAUCUCACUGCAUCCCUCGAGAAGAUUGGCUUCAAGACAGUCCCUCAGGAACCAUGCGUCAUGAUGAAAGGAGCCGUCAUCGUCUUCUUCUACGUCGACGACAUCAUCUGGGCCUAUCGAAAAAGGGAUCAGCAAGUCGCCACGGAAGCUAUAUCCGGCCUGCAGCAACGAUACAAGAUGAGCAUACUAGGGGAACCAAAGUGGUUCUUAGGGAUCCGUAUCCUUAGGCACCGACCUAGUCGGACGAUCUGGCUGACGCAAGAUGCCUAUAUCGACAAGAUCGCUCAUAAGUAUGUUCCGGACAAGCUAGGCAUAAAGCCUCCUAGCACCCCAAUGGCCACAAACGAAGAACUCGUUUCAGAACCGAUCCAAGCAAGAGACCAAGACAAGCAUAGCUACCUUCAGAAGUCUCCCGACUAG